AUGACGCAAAAUUUGGAGGACAGAAUUCCAAAACUUCUCAAGAAGCCAUUGGUGAAGAACCCAUCUCUUGUGAAUCCACCUCCUAUGGAAGAAUGCAGACUUCUCUUGAAGACACAGGAACUUUCUCAAGACUUGCAUGUUGUGGGGAGUGGUGACUUGGAUGUUGAAGUGUGA